CUCGUGGUUUGCUUCGUGGGACCAAACAGAUGCAUCAUGAGCUGUUCUUCGCGCUCCUCGGCGUCAGCGGCGAAGUCGUCGUGGAAAGGACGAACCCACAGCAGGAAAAUGUGAAAACCUUCGUCUUUGAUGAGGAGGUCACACCGUCGCUGCUGUCUGAAGGCGAUCAGCAGAUGCUACGCCCCGUCUUGCACGUUGGGUACUGCUACCGCCGCCUGUCCAGAUUCGCUCAACUUCCACCAUUCCAGGACAAGAGCGAUGGAGACGGGAGUGAGUACAUCCGCUCCAGCCUCUACUUGCAUUCGUUUCGUGAGUCGUUGUCCACCAGCCUCGCUGCAUACGAGCAGCACGUGGCGGACUUGGAGCGCGACGUCUUGGCCAAGACAAGUCAAAACACGAGCAACUUGUUUCCGUUUACAAGGCUGUUGGUGGAUCUCCACGGUGAAAUCGAGCUUUUUCCGUUUCUGUGUCGAUUAGUGGACCAGAUUGAGCGCAAAAAUCUGCGCGGGAAAGGUAUAUUGGAGCUCUUGCAGUCGCACGAUCACUGCGGGUACCCGCGCAUCCAAGCAUGCGUUCGGGUAUUCCUGUGCAACGCGCAUCGCGUGCUGUACCGUCAGAUGAUGUCGUGGAUGACGGCAGCGCAAGUUGUGGAUCCGUUCGGCGAAUUCUUCAUCACGCAGUCGUCGCCCACCGAAUACACAGUCGAUCUAGGGCGGGUGCCGCUGCGGUACUUUCCCAGUGCGAUCGCUGAAGAUGUCUUGUUCGUCGGAAACGCGAUGAAAAUCGUCGGGGCGUCGUCGUCGCAUCACAAAGAGAUCUGCAACUGCCUCCACGAAUUGGCGCGUCGCGGCACGUGGGCCACGCAUGUGGUACAAGAUUCGUUGGCAAGGCUCCGAGGCAUUGUCGCAACUGCUCUGGGGACACGUGUCGUCGUGCAAGGGCAGUUUGUCAAGUGGUUGAAGCUUGUCAAGUCGUUUUACUUGCUUGGGGAAGGCGACUUGUUUCACGCUGUCGUCGAACGGGCGUCGGUCGACGUCUUUUCCAAGGGCCCCCCGACUAUUCGAUCCGAGCAGGAUUUGAACCAUGGGAUCUGGGCCACGUCCCUGCGUGAGUUUCAGUUCGACUCGGUGGGCUCCAUCUCGCUGCGGGUCCCGUUGCAAGAGUUUUCAUACACGUUCCAACGUGUUGGCGAGCCGGAGAACAUGAGUGCUGCAGUUGUCCCGCCUGGCUUGGUGGUGCAUGGUGUACGCAGCGCGGACGCCCGUGGUCUCGCGCCGUCGGAGUCUUGGUUGACGUGCUGGUUCCACCACAUUCAGUACAUCUCGCGCUCGUUUCGGUCGAGUUUUAGUGUCGACAUGCCGAGUGCGCCGACGGAACUGUCGCUUGUGUUGCAGUCCAACGGAGUUCACGUCGUUCCAGAGUGGACUCGAUCCGACCGUCCACGUGGAGGACUGCCCCCGACAUCGGCAAGUCUGCGGCUUCAGUGCCAGUUCCAUACCUUUCAAGAUUCCAGUUGCCGACUCACAACGCGCCUCUACAUCAUCUCCACCGACGCGAGCCAACUCGUGCACGAAGCCACGGCGACGCUGCCAUUUGCAAGUGACGCCACCUUCCACGUCGAAUACUCGGCGGAUGUAGUAGGGGAAAAAAACGUUCCUGUCACCACUGCAGGAUGGCGUGUCCUGGUCAACGGGUCCAUCUGCUUUGAGCAUACGCCCAUGAAUGUCUUGAAGCACGUCGAUGGCCUGGCGCGUCAACAAGGCGGGAUGUUUGUCGGGCUGGUACUCCAGCCAGGCGUCACGGUGCUCUCGUGGUCGUGCGACAAGAGGCCACCGCAGGGGGAAUCGGACGAUCCGUGGGCGUACGUCAGUCUUGACAUGGACAUUCCGUGGCCCUUGCCACUGCUGCUGACGCCUCCGACAUUGACCACGUACAGCCACGUGUUUCAAUUACUCUUUCGACUCAAGCGCGUGAUCUUUGCCCUCAACACGGCGUGGAAGCACCAGUCGAGCCGAUCCACCAAGACGUGCGUCCUGCGCCACCACCUCGCGUUUGCCCUGUCCAACGUGUUUCUGUACUUUCAGAUGGGCGUGAUCGACGCCGACUUUGACCAGUGCGUCGCCGAGUGCGACAACCGAUCGGAUUUUGACAUUGUCAAGCGUGCGCACGACGCGUUCGUGGCCGAAGUCGCUAAAAAGUGCUACGUGUACUCGUCCACGGUCAUGAACGCCCUCAACCACAUCGUGGCGCUCGGGUGGGAGUUUACGCGGACCGUUGACGACCCCCGCAUGGAUUCAGCACUGCUCGAGGCGGAAUUCGCCACCACGAUGCAGCACUUUGGUGCCGUCUUGGCCAACACGGACGCCCGCGCCCUCGUUCUCUUGCUAGACUUCAACGGAUAUUUUAGUCGAUCCAGCAUCGAGCCGUACUGAUUUAACUUUAACCGCGGACAAGAGUGUGCCAA